AAAUUUUGCUUUGUUUCCAUGGCGGAGAUGCAGAGUUCCUUCAAUCUCCACCGUGCAGCGGAUUCUGCAAAUGGGAAUGUCUUAAUCUUUACAUCAGAGGACUUGAAAACACUUACCAGCAAUUUCCACGGCAACAGCCUGAUCGGAAUCACUCAGUCCUGCAGAUUUUACAGAGGGCAGCUCCGAGCAGCUUGGUCAACGGGAACAGAAGCUCGAAACCUGACAGUGAAAAUAUGGGAUCAAAAGCCAGAAUUCGACAACGCAAUAACCAAUGAGUUCUUGGUUCGAGAAGAAGUGAAGCUAUCUACGCACUCGUCUCUAAAUGGCCAUCGCAGUUUGGCGAAAUUGAUUGGUUAUUGCUGUGAAGAUGAAGUGAAGGGCGUCGUUUAUGAUUUCGAUCCAUUGGGUUCCUUGCAAAAUCUAGUGGCAAGAGAUGAUCUUAAUUGGCUCCAAAGAGUUGAAGUAAUCCUCGAACUGGCUCGGCUUUUGGAUUUCAUUCACAGUCAGGAAAAGCAAAGCCUGCCCAUCAAGUUUAGAGCAUCAAAUAUACUGCUAGAUUGGGAAUGCAAGCCGAAACUGUGCGGGUUGGAGGUGAUUAGCAACGGGGCGGGGGCUGACCUCAAUAACUUUGCACAAAAUCCUUCUAGCUACUUUCAUCUGUCUACAAGAGGUGGGAGUCAGGGGAAAAUGAGCACUGAUAUCUUUUCCUUGGGGGAAAUUCUGCUGGGACUUAUAGCCAAGAGAGAUUAUGAACCUGAGAAACUAGAAAGGGAAAAUCAUCACCGGGUUGUGAACAGCUUAGUGAGCAAUUGGGCAAAGAAUGAGUACAGACCAAAUGGCUCAUUGGUCCACGAAACCUUGCAAAAAGACUGGGGUUACACCGUUGAAGAGGGAGUCGAACUCACUGAGCUAGCAAUACACAGUAUAGAAUUCUUCCCAAGAAACCGUCCGAGCAUCAAGCAAAUACUUCAACGUCUCGAGGGGCUGCAAGUUACUCAACGUCUUUCUGAUACCCGACCCAGAAAAAAGGAAAGAAAGUCCCCUAGCAGUGCCAUGGGCAUAUGAAGUCAUCAUUUUUACUAGUCAAAGGUUAGGCAGAUAGUCAUGGAGCUAUAUAGCAGUUAGGACUCCCUAGUUCUCAGCUCUUUCUUACCAACGUAGAAUGUUGUCUAACACGAGAGCUGCAAGCCCAGAUCCCUCAUGAUUCAUGUCCAUAAUUACAUAAUUGACACUGUUUCUGUGUUCAAUCUUGCACUGAAGACACAGCUUUCCACAUUAGCUACCUACAAAAUCGAAACAAAAACAACUAUUCUUUCCUGGAACGAUAUGGUUCAUAUUCAUCAGACGUACAUUCCAUCCCACCAUUCUGCCCAAUCGUCAAAUACAAAUGACAAUAUCUAUAACAAUACGUUCAAGACAAGCCCUAAAUCUACUAUGUUCGGUCAGGAGAGACUAAUAGUCCAGCUUAAAAAGG